GCCCCCUUGUGGUCUCUCUAAGCCUGACAGGUGAAAAGUCACUGCUUUAUUUUCCAUUUCCCUGACUGCUGAUGAAGCUGAACAUUUUCUCACAUAUUUAAGGCAUUUUUUUCUUUUGUUAAUUUUCUGUUCAUUGCUUUUACCUGAGUUUUUCAAAGUAGGGUUAUGAACCAGAUACAAUUCAAUCAAAACAGCUUUCUGUGUGUUAAGAGUUAAGUCCUUCACCUCCACUAAAUUUACAAAGUGUCCCAGUUUGCCAUUUAGUUUCUAAUAUUUUUCCAUGUACAGAAAUACAAAAAUAUUUAAUACAAAGAUUAUUUGGGCUAACGUUUAUUCCCACCAAUCCUGGGCCAGAUGCUGUUCUAGGCCAGUCUCACGCAUUAACUUGGCUCUUCCCACGAGAGACACACAGGCAGCCCUCACUUCUGUCAGCCUUUUGCUUGGUGGAUUUUCCUCCACUCAUGAGUCUUGUGAGGUCCUCCCCACCUUCUCACUGUCUGUGGCUCUGCUAUUUACUGUAUGAACUUCUGUGCAUUAUGUCCACAAGGAUAGCCAGAUCAGCUCAGAUUUGCAUUUUACUAUGUGAUUUGCAUUCCACUGCUGUUCUUGGAGAGAAGCAGUGUUUUCUACUUGCUAGGAGACCGUCCUGAUCAUAGCAGAGCUGCCUCUUGGUGAUAUCAGGCCCUUCCUAUAUCCUGGCAAGCCUCAGAGCCUUCCAAACACCAUGUGGGUCCUGCUGACACUUCUCCACCUGGGAUCCUGUAUCUAGGAUUCAGAGUGGGGGAAAUUUUUUUAUGUUUAAAACCAUGAUUAUCUGAAAACCAGGGAUUCACUCAUUUACAAAUUCACUCUUCUUGACCUGCUCAGCAACCCAUGCAGCUUAGAGCAUAGGUAGAAUAAAGAGAUCAGAGGGCAGAGGGCCAGGCUUUUGGAGGCUCAGAGCCUGAGGAUGUUUGGGAUGAGUGUUCAGCAGAAGGACCCCUGUCCCCCAACCCCUCCUUCACAAAGUGGCCUCCUUCCCAGAGCAGCACAAGACUGAAAACAAGGAAGAUGGCAAAGCCACAUGCCAUACUUGUGUUUCUUUACAGGCCAGCUAUUGUCUUUCUGUGUAAGACAGGGACAUGACCUAGGAAAGGCAGAAAAGAUGUGGCUUGUCCUCCAGGGGACAUUUGGCUGCAUCUGGGGACCCUUUGGAGGUCACUGCUGGAAGUGUUGCUGAUAUCCAGUGGGCACCAAGCUGAGAUGUGACUGACUCUCUGCAGUAUACAGAAGACAGGUUUCCACUGGACAGAGUGAUCUGACUCAAAGGCCAAGUACAAAGGCCAGGAAACCCUGGCCUAUCUGUACGCAGAACCACUUUCUUCAUUCCUAAAGCCUAAUAAGAAGUCUUGAAAUGAGAAUACUGUUGCUUUUUGAAUUAGCUCAUCUUUCUCUGAACUUGAAAUGCGAGGACAUAGCCUCUGACUGCCUGUCCGACCUGAAGAAAAUUGAGACAGAAGAUCCUGGGAAGUUGAUUGAAAUUGAAUGUCUGGAGAGUGAACUAGAAGUUUCAAGACUUGAAAAUAAAAUUAAAGUCUACAUCCGAGGAGCUGUUGAGGCCCAGCUGGACAUAAUAAAGAGACUGGACAUGGCACUGCAACGCGCCAUCCGCUUGGGUGACCCCCAGGCCAUCCAAGUGGUGUGCAUGACCCAGUGGAACACCUGCUUGCCUCUUCUGCAGCACAGCCUGCGGCACCACCUACGCAAGCCACUGACCAACAUCGCAGAGAUUCUGGAGAAGGUGGACAGCCUCAUGACCCUGCUUCGCUGCCAAGUGCACAUGGAAAUGGCAUGCAUUGAAGAGGAUGAGGACCGACUGGAGCCCGCCAUGGAACACCUGCAGAAGGCCAUGAGCCUGGACAGCCUGGGUCUCUACCAGGACAAGCUCAAGACAGCCUUCAACCGCCUGCGCCUGUGUACCAUGUUGUACCAGUCUCCAGAGCGUGCUGAGGACAAGGCCAUCAUGGCCAUUGAGCAGGCAAAAAAAGUUAUGCCAAAAGACAGUGUCAGGAAGAAGCGGGCCCUCCUGGUGAAUGCGGGCCUGGCUCUCGCCCCAGAUACCUUCCAGAUUGUGCUAGACAGUGAAAACGAGGCCAAAGUUUCCAUUGGGAAAAACAGGGGCCGGUUCACCUAUCUCUUUGCAAAGGCUCGACAUCACAUGCUCAGUGUGGACAAGGCUGCUGGGCACUUACUUCAUCUGGGAAAUGAGAAUGACCAAGAGAGAAUUCAGAUUUGGGCAGAGCUGGCCAAAGUUGCCCGGAAGCAAGGGGUCUGGGACGUGUGUCGGACUGCAAGCCGCUUCUGCCUCCUGUAUGACAUCAAGGUGAAGAAGCCAGGGAAGCUGAAGCGAGGAAAGAAAAAGAAAGGUGCAGAAGGCUCGGUGCAUGAUGUCUGGAGCCAGUCCCAUGUGGUCCUGCAGAAACAGACAUCCCCGUACCUGCUGCGGAAGUUUGCAGAAGUGGGGUUCAUCAAUGCUGAGGCCACUGUCCACUUGCUGCGCUCAGAAGGUGUGGAGCUGAAUGACCACGCUAUCCCUCCUGAAGACUCAAGCCAGCACCCUGCUGGCUACGUGCCUGAGCCCCUAGAUACCAACACAGAGUGGAUCACAUACAGAACCUGGAUAGAAAACCUGUCACAUUAUGCCAUGAAUAACUGGUUGCGCUCUGCGGAAAUCGGACAGGAGAUAGGUGAAGCCUGGAUUGUGCAGAAUGCUGUGGUCUAUGUCCUGAAUCACAACCACCAUCUCAUCACAGCUGGGCGGCAGAAGGAGCUCGUGGACACCCUGUAUUACCUCCUGAACAUCAUCAAGGACAUUGGCCCCCAUGGGAACUCAGUCAUGUUAGCCAUGCUCUGCAAUGCCUUAGCUCGAGGCCUGAUCAUCAGCUGGAUUCCCACCCAGACAUAUGAAAAGUCAAGAAAAGUUAUGAGACUAAAUAUGUUUCAAGCUCCACUGGACUCAGGAGCUACCUCUGAGAUCAAGACAGCGAUAGAGGUCUGCGAGUUUGCGCUGAAUUUGACCAACGGGAACAUCCCAGAGGAGGUAGUUCCCAUCAGUGUGCGACAGCAGCUCAUCGCCACCUGGGUGAAGGCCAAGCAGAUGCUGCAGCUGCAGAUCGGGCACCGACUGGGCAUGGAAGAGCAGAGCACCAACGAGAACAUCAACUCUGUGACCAGAGUCCUUGUCACUCUCGAGAUGUACUCAUGCAAUGGCCUGGGCCUCAUGGACUUUACUGUGCCCUCCCUGGCCCAGCUGGUGAAAAUGGCUUCUGAGUGCAGCUGGUCAGAUCCUCUGGUGGAGCUGCAGACCCUGACACGGCUGGCUCACUUUGCCUACGUGGCCCGUGACCACAAGAUCACUAUGGCCUCCUCCGAGCAGGCCAUACAGAUGGGCAUCAAGAACCUGAGGACACUGGGUCCGGUGAAGACCCAGCUUGUGGCAGAAAUGCUGUGCACUGCCUCGUGCAUCCAGGGCUGGAGCAUCAUGGAGAACCUGAAGGGCAGGAAGCAGCUGCGUCUGGCAGCGGCCAAGGCUUUUUUGGAGAGUGCCAGGUUUGGAGGCAUCGCAGGUAGCAGUGCACUGGUGAUGCUGGCCACAAGGCACUACUGGAACACCUGGCUUCCGCUCCUGUCCUCAGCAGUCAAUAGGAAGAAGGCCAAGGGGGCUGUUCAGAAGAUCAUCAAGAUUAUCAAUAAGACAGAGGCCACAAAGGAGGAGAAAGGGAAGACACUGCUUCUGCACCAAUGGCCCACGUCAGACUUGCAGAGUGGGAUGGCAACUGAAGGCCAUUUCCUUCCAGAAACUGAGGAUGACCUUACACUUCGUGCCGCACUCUAUGGGCUGCUCUUCCAUAGCCACGCUGACCAGGAGGACUGGAUGGGUGGCCUCAAGGUGCUGGACGAAGCUGUGCAGGUGCUGCCUCGGACUGCUCACCGCCUUUUGAUUUUCAAACAUAUGGUCAUUGUGAAGGCUAGACUUGGCCAGAACUUUACCAUGGAAAUCGAAAAGUUCAAGGAUGAAAGUGAAGACUAUUUGGCACACAUGUGGCACCGCCUGGCCCUGAACUCGAAGAAUAUCUGUGGAGAGCUGACGUGUUAUCACAACGCAAUCCAAGCAUUGCAGAAACCUGAGAGUGAGUGGCAAAAGGUUGACUACAUCAUGGAGUUCAGUGAGUGGCUGUACCACAAGCAGUUUCCUCUUGAAGAUGUGGUCUCCCAACUCACAUGGGCAAUUGAGAUCCUGCUGACCAUGAAACUCUCAGGGGAUAUCCCCAAGCUGGAGCCUGCAUCAGAAGGGGAGUACUCACCUGUUCAGAUACCUGCGGAAGGGCCUGUGACCCAGGAUGUGGACACAUUCUCCUUGGAGCAGUUACAAAAUGUGAAACAAUUGGAAACCCUGGCCCGGGCACACAUCCUACGUGCCCUGAUGGUGUCCCCCAGCUCUUCUGCCUACGAGGAUGACUGCCUCAUGGCCUACACAUUUCUCAGGCGCAUCUGGCAGGUUUCUUUGUUAACAGGAAGAAAAUUAAUUUCAGAAAGAAUUCUAGCAGCAGCCAGUUCACAACUGUCAUUGUUUAAAAAAGAGAAGGAGAAAAGUAAAGAAAAGGACAAAGAAAAAGGAAAGGAGAAGACAAAGGAAAAGGAUGAGAAGCUGAAGGAAAAGGAGAAAGGGAAGGAGAAAGGAAAAGAGGAGAAGUCUCAGACCCCAGCUUCCAGCAAACAGCUUGAAGAUUUACCAACCAGCAUAGAAGAAUGGGCCUCCUACUCUUGCCCUAAGGAACUACUGUCUAUAUUCAAGCAGGACAAAAGUGACCUCACUGUGAACUCUACCAGUAUCCAGAAGCCAACAUACAGUUUAUAUUACCUGGACCACUUGGUCAAGGCCCUGCAGAAGCUGUCCCUUCAUGAGCUCACCAUCCCGGUCCUGCAGCUGGGUGCCCUCAUUGCAAACUCUGUGGUAGAAAGCAAGAGCCUUGAAGAUCUCUACCACCUUCGACUUGCCCAGGUGUGUUCCAAUCUGAGGUUGCGAGACGCAGCCACUCACCACGAAGAGGUGGUUGGGGCAACGUACAUCGGGGAUAUGGAGCAAGCCAGCUGCAGAAAAGAGAUUGCACUGAAAAAAGAGAAAAACAAGGAACCUAUAUUAGAAGACAGCUGUACAGGGCUAAAUGAGCAAGUGGCUCCUUCCCACCCAGCUGAGGUGAAGCCACUUAUAGCACAAGACAAGAUUCUGAAGAUAAAUGGAGAGACUGGGAAGGGCUUGGAUGGCACAUCCUAUCCCCAGUUGUGGAUGCUCAAGGCAGAGGUCUUGCUGGAGAUGGACCUGUACCAGCCAGCCCGGCUGCUCCUGUCAGAGGCUCACCUGGCUUUCCAGGAACUUGAUGAUCCUUGUGCAGUAUCCCAAUGCCUGCUCCUUCUAGCACAGUUGGCCAACAAGGAAAACAACCAUGGACAAGCUAAGAAAAUGAUCGAGAAAGCCCAGAAACUGGGUGGAAAUGAGGAGUUUUGGUACAAUUCAACCCUGACUUUGGCAGAAGCGAUCUUGUCCACAGAAGAUGAGGGGAGAAAGGUGAUUUGCUGUCUAUUUCAAAAACUCAUCGUUGCCUUCAAAGUCCUCCAGAAGGAAAGGCCUAACCGAAUGCCCAUAUUGGAAUUCAUCGCCACAGAUCUGGAAGCCAGCAGGUGUGUGAGCCUUCAGAUCCAAAUUAUCCAGGACUCACCCGACAGCGAAUUCUCUGAGUGCUUAGUUUUACUGAAGGAGUUGGACAAUUCCCUGCUGGAAAUUGAGGAAAAGUUUAUCAACUGUGGCUACAAGGGAAACUGUGUUGAUAUAAAACUAGAGCGUGCAAAGAUAAAGAGGUUAUGUGCCAAAAUCGAGAAAGAUGAAGAGCAAAAAACUGCAUAUCGCUUGGAAAUAUAUGACUUGGUCCAGAAAGCUGUGGCUGAGGAAGAAGGGAUAUUUCACAGAACUCAAGGGUUACUGUCCUUUCAAGACUUACAGAAUGUCAACACCCCCCUGAUGCGGAGGCUGGCCCAUCUGAAACUCAGCUUUGUGGAGACUUGUCUGGACAUGUUGCAGCUCACCUGGGAACAGGCACUAGAGCAGCGACUGAAGCAGGGGUCCUUGGAAAAGCUGCUGGCAUACUAUCUGCAGAACACUAGUGACUACACGACCAUCGGGCUGCAAUGGCUCACGCUGAAGCGGACCCUGGCGCACACGGCACUGGCACAGCUGGGGAGCCUGCAGCCACUGUGUGUGGGCUGCGUGGAGAUCCGUGCCCAGCUCCUGGGCCUGGCUGGGAGGGCCCUCCACCUGUUAGCCAUACAGGUGGACCCCCUACACCCUUCCUUCCACUGGGAAGAAGGCCUCUUGGUGGGUGCCAAGCUGAGCAGUCUCCAAUCUCUAGACUUGGAAGCAGAGGACAGGGUUGUCAAGACUGCCACCAGGGACCUACUGGCCUUUAGUGAAGCGCCAGAGGAACACAACAGGAAGGGCGAGAGUCUGAAGAGGAGGAUGGUGCUGUCCCAGCGGUACCUGGCCCAGGCAUCCGAGCUGCUGCUGCAGUGCCUACAGGUUGCCCUGGACAGCAGCCUCCUGGACAUCGCAGCAGCUGCCAGCCUGGAGAUGGUUGAGUGCAUUGGCACCCUGGACCCUGUGGCCACCUGUCAGUUCCUGGCACUAUCUCAGAGCUGCUCAGCAGCAGAGAUGAUGCGGAACAUCCUUCUCACAGCCACAGCCAAUACCAGCAGCUCGCAGUUGGCAGCCCUGCUGCAGCUCCAGCACCAGCUGAGGCUCCGGGAUAAGACUUCCACCAACCUGUUCUGCAGCGUGGAGCAGAGGCUGGCUGCCAUCUCCAAGGCUUGGCAGAACCUCUGCGUCACUGAGCAGCAUUUCAACAUCCUGAAUGAGAUUCCUCCCACAUUCCGAGUCAUCUUUCUGCACUACUCACCAGACAGGUCCCAACUGUACGGUGCUGCCUACGAGAGACCUAAGUCCCCGCCUGCAGCCAAAGGGAAGGCACUGCAAAUGAGUGGCCAUUGCAAAGUGAUGCGGGUGGCUGUGAGCCCAGCUGCCUUCUCAGACCUGCUGGCCAGGACCCAGGAGUUCUGGGAGCAGACCCAGGCCCAGGUGUACCAGGAGGACAUAGCCCAGCCUCCAAGCACUGUUAUGGGUGGGUUGGGACAGGACUCAGACUGUGCACCCACUGAAGAGAAAAGCCCCUGUCUGCGAAGGCUCAGGAGUGUCCUGGAGCCCAUGGAGGAGUACCUGAAGCCCAUCUUCCCCCUGCUCAGCUCCCCUGAAAUCAGGUUGCAGAUGCCCACGGUUGUGGCCGACACUGGGAAAUCAAAGGGCAAAGAAAAGGAAAGAAAAACAUCCAUUCUGCCAGUUCAUCCCGAGGCUGAGGACAGCGUGAUCCUGAUUGUGGACAGACACCUCCUAGAGCUGCCCCUGGAAGGCCUCUCUGUGCUCCAUGAGGGCGCCGUUUCUUCUGUGUCACGAGAAUUUUCUCUCCAGAUGCUGUGGAAUCGCCUCCAUAAAGAGGAGCUGGCAGAAGAAAGUGUGAAAAAGGAGGUCAAAAGCAAAGAUUUUAAAAAGAAAAGUCAAGCAAAGAAGAGCAUGAAGGGCUCCAUGGUCCGGAUAAUCCCAUCAGACUGCAUCAUUGUCGACUCAGACAGCUUCAAGUUUGUAGUGGAUCCAUUGGAGGAGGCCCAGGGCACAGAAAUGCUGACUCCUGUAUCCGUAAUGCGGGAAAUUUUGGAAAGAUUCCGAGAAACAUUCACCGCGCGAUGGGAGGGGCAUCUGGGAAGUCAGCACUUUCCAAGCCAGGCUGAGUGGGAGCAGGUGCUGGGCAGCUGCAAAGGCUUCUUCUUCUAUGGAAUGGAGAGCUUCCUGUCACAUAUAUUGCUGGAAAGACUGGUUGCCAUGAAUCUGCAAGGGCAACAGCUGCUGAGCUGGCCCUUGUGGUAUCCUGCAGAGUGCCAGAUGAUGGUCCUGCUUGACCUGAUGCGCUCCUAUGAGAGCCUGCAGCGGCAGAUGAAGACCUCAGACAGCAAGAGUUUAUUGCAGCAGUCCUUGAAGAAGCCCACUGAGACUGCCAUCUUCCUGAGCCUGGUGGGGGUCCGGAGCAUCGUAGCCAACCAAUGGCCCACACGGAUUCAGGACAAUGCGCUGCGGGCCAGUGUCCUGUGGGAAAAUCUGUUAGCAGUUGGCAAGCCAAUUGGGAGGACAGUCCGUCUCCUUCAGAAGAUGGGAAGCAAUGAAAUGGUCAGCCAAGAUGAGAUACCACGAACUUCCAAGAGCAAGAUGAUGUUCUUCCAGCCACAGCCCCAAAGUGAGGAGGACCUCCCCAUCGCCCUCAACUUGGUCCUGUAUGGAUUGCCACAUCAAGCCAUAGGGUGACAUCCACCUGGGCUUGAUUCUGGACAUCUGCAGGUGUCAGCAUUUUCCUCCGGGGCCACUAUCAUUGCUCUGUCCCUCUGAGAACCCCCUCCCCUGGGCUCUCCCCUUCCUCAUCCUGGGGCACUCCCCAGCCCUAGGCACAGCCUGGCCUCUGUCCCCACCACAUGGUCCCGAACAAACAGCUGAUAUUAGGACACACAUCUUCUGCUCCAAUUCGGCUUCUUGAACAAGAAAAACUAACAGACCACAAAUUGGUUUUUGGUUUAAGUGUUUUAGUAAACAACAAAAACAAAUCUGUCAUGUGGUUUCUAGGACCCCAAGCACCAGUGAUAGAAGUCCGGGCACUCCAAAAGUCAGUCCCACACUGAGGGCCCCCUGACCUCCUGCCACCACCCUAGCCACAAACACCAGUACCUUCUAGCUCUGACAAAACUGAAAAGAGGAUGCUACCUUUGUGAAAGGAACCUGCCCAGCAUUUUCCAGCCUGGAAUGGAAGAGAGCUUACACCCAGCUAUGUACCUGCCUGCACAGUACACAAGCACAGGGCUCCUCUAGGGAGCUUCCCAGAACAAGAAAGGCUCCUGGCACUAUGUAUGCCAGCAAGUAAUGUAAAGAGACACUUUUCUACUGUAAAAACAUGUGCAUUUCAGCUCCCUUUGGCUGCUGCUACCAAGGCUCCAAGGAAAGAAAUUCAUUUUUUCUAAAUGAUCCUUCCAAAUUUCCUAACACAUUUCCUCCCACAUGACCAGAUAGAUCAAGUGUGGCCACUGAUAGAACUGGCUCUCGAGGGCCCUGGAUGGGGCCUUCCAGGCGUGGGGCUGCAGAGUUAAGCUGUGAAUUCUUCUCACCCAUUCAGUGGUCUUCUGGCUAGGACAAGGAGAAGGUACAGAAGAGUUCCAGAGGGCAGAGCUCUAAGCCAUGGUGUGUUCUGCCUGCCAGUUCCUUGCUCCUUCCCUCUGCCAGAGGCUCAAGGUGGGCAUAUUAUUCCAUUUGGGUUGCUAAUAACACAAUGCAACAGACUGGGUGAGUUAGAAAGAACAGAGGUUUGUUUUGACUCUGAGUUCUGGAGGCUCAACAGGCCAUGUCUCGCAAUGCCUUCUUGCUGGCACAGUCCCAAGGUAGUGCAAGGCAUCUCAUGGCAAGAGAUACAGGCUAUGUGUGUCUCCUCUGGUCUCUGUCCCUCUUCUUAUGAAGCCACAGGAUUUGUAGGGGCUCCUCCUUGAUGAUCUUAUUUAAUCUUAAUCACCUCCUGAAGCCCCAUUCCCAAACGCCAUGAGAUUAGUUUCCCCCUCAGUACCUCACAGUGCAGAUGAAAUUUUAGCACAUGAGCCCUUGGGGAACACUCAGACCAUAUCCAAAUCACAGCAGUGGGGCCAUUUCUGCAUUCUGUGUUGGGAAACGAAAAAGGUCAGGUCAUGUGAGCGGAAAAUCUCUUUUCUUCAUCCUGACCCUUUGUGGGUUUGAAGCUUUGGCACUGCAGUGUCAGUGUCACUUGGGCAGCAUGAGGAAAGGCAGCAGAGGGAAGGAAGGGGUCUAAGGGGACCUCACCUGCUAGAAGCAUCUGUCCACAGGACCCAACACCCAGAUCAGUAGUCCUGCCCUCGGUCCUCUGCUCAGUACUAACACUUUGGCACAAGUGCCAAGACUCCCUGGGUCCUGACAUGUGUCCUAAAAGUAAUUUUUAAAAAAAGCACAAAUUAAAAUCAUGCUGAAAUACUGAUAUAUACCUAUUAAAACAAUAAAUUUAAAAAAAAAUAGUGAUUGCACCUAAUGCCAGUGAAGACCAAGGCAGACUCACACACACUUUUGGGAAUGCAAAGUGGUACAGGCACUCAGGACAAGUUUGGCAAUUUCUCACAAGCCAAAACUUGCAACUACCCACAAUCUGGCAAUUGCACUCUGGAGUAUUGAUCCCAUAGAAACAGAAACAUGUUGGCACAAUGCACAUACAUAAAUAUUCAUAGCAGCUUUGUUCAUAACAGCAGAAUACUGGAAACAGCGAAGCUCAGAUGUUCUCCAACAAGUGAUGGAGGAAAUUCAGAUAUGUUCAUUCAGUGUAGCACCACCGUGUUCCCUUUUCAUCACUAUGACAAAGUCACCUGAGAUAAUUAACUUCUGAAAAGAAAAGGUUUGUUUUGCUCACAGCUUUGGAGAUUUUAGUUCAUGAUCAAUUGAUCCCAUUGCUUUUGGGCCUGUGGCAAAGCAGCACAUCACGGCAAAAGCAUGUAGUGGAGCAAAACUAUUCACUUCAUGAUCAGGAAGCAAAAAUAACGAAUGAGGUUUAGGUCCAGGGUCCCACAAACCUCUUUGAAGGACUGGCCCCGGUGACCUAAAGACCUCACACUGGGCCCCCCACCUCCUAAAGAUUCUACUACCUCCUAAUAAUGCCUUCUUGGGGACCAAGCCCUUAACACAUGUUCCUUCGGGGAACAUUUAAAAUCCAAACUGUAGCAAUGAUUCAGCAAUAAAAAUAAAUGAACUAUUAAUACAACAACCCAGAUCAACCUCAAGGGUCCCUGCUGAGUAAUAAAAGCCAGCAUAAAAAGUUUCAUAUUGUUACAGGACAGGGAUGGGCUGGAGGCAGCAGGAGGGAGCCUUGUGAUGGCCCAGUUUUAUAUGUUGAUUGUGGCUGUGAUCUACAUCUAUAAAUAGAUGGACUGCUAAGCUGCACACAUGCACGAACAUGCACACACACACACACGCACACACACACACACAGAUGAAUACCUGUAAAUGUAGCCACGACAGAAUGUGGUCUGUAGUGUUGCUCACCAAUAUCUUCAACCAGUAUCAGCUUCCUGAUUUUGCUAUUUACUAUAGCUAUGCAAAAUGCCAGCAUUGGGGAAGGUGGAGGAAGAGUCCACAGUGCUACAUCAGUAAUCACCUCUUAUCUUCAGGGGAUGCAUGCAAAGACACUUUCCCCUUAACCCAUGGAUGCCUGAAAUUGCAGAUGGUGCUGAACGUUGUGUAUACUACUUUCUACCAUAAGCCCUGUAGUGUUGCCACAUGGCAGGAGUUAACCUUCCAUGUUUCAUUCCCUGGUGUCUCCCCUACCUUACUGCUUUUGCACUGUGGAGCCACUAGUAAAUAAAACAAGGGUCAUCUGAACACAAGCUCUGUGAUACCAGAACAGCUGAGCUGAUGGCCAAGGCAAUUACCAAGGACGAGUAGGCAGGUUGCACAUACACCAGCAAAGGGAUGGUGCGCAACUCUGUGGGAUCCAAUUUAAAAUUUGUAAGUUUUCUGCAUAAUAUUUUCCAACCUUGGUUGACCAUGGGCAACUAAACCCACAGAAAAUACAGGUAAGGGAACUAUUGUAUUGUUUUUGCAGCUUCCUGUAAAUCUAUAAUUAAUUUGACAUAAAAAAUACAUUAAAUGUACAUCUUUGAUAAUGUUGAAAGUGUUAUGUGUGACUCUCCUCUUUUUGUUUGAUUUUUACUUUUUUUCAAAUAGAUACUCGUACUUGUUCUGUUUUUUUUUUUUUUUAAAAAAAAGCUGACUAAUGACCAGGGAAUAAAUCCAAAUCAGAAUAGCCCUGGAAAUAUGAGCUUUCUUCUAGAAAGACUUUGGCACCCACCCAAACAACAAGAAUAAAAGCUUCUGGAAAUAUUUCAUCUGCAGCCUCACAUUUUUUACCUCAUGCUGUGUCUACUCAUGUGAGAAAUAUUAAACAGUGAGUGCUAUUCCAUGUAUCAAAGGCUUUAAAAUAACUUUCUGAAUUAUGUCCUAGAAACAUAACAAAUCACAUUAUCAAUUAGCUCCUACAGCAGAAGUGGCAUCCUGUAAUAUAUUCAAGCAUGAAAAAAUUGCAAAGGUGAAAUUUAUGUAACCCUAAAAACUAUAAGAAGAAAAGAAAUCUCUUGGGAUUUAUUGGUAAUAAUGGGAGACAGGAAGUAAUUCGAAUGGUGGAUGGCCCCUGAGAAAGGGCACCCAGCUCUGAAGGUUCUGAAUGCAGCAAGGGGCUGCCCUGACCAAAAGCCCAGGGUUCCAGGGGGUGACUGCCACUGCCUGUGCCCAGCCUCAGACUUUCCUGACAUCAAGUGACCCACUUGUGCAGGUUAGAGUUGAAACAGGGAUAGGCUGUCUUCAGGGAAGAAUCACUUCUCAGUAAACACAGCCAAGGCACAAGCCCCAGAUGGCCAUCAAGGAUCUAGACUAAGACGCACCCUUCAUGGUCCAUGACCUCACCAUAUCACUCAAGAGCCCAUCUCUCCCCUGGUGAAUCCACACUGCACCUGGCCUUGGGCCUCUUGCGGGGAGCAAGAAGCUCCCUGUCCCAGAUGGGGGAGCAGCAAGGGCUGAGGGCUCCAUUCACCCCCCAGCUCAUUGACCUCUUCACAGCCCACCAGGCCAUGAUGGUAUCCAGCCCUAGCCACUGGGAAGGCAGGCUUUGGGCCCUGGCAUUGAGUGGUCCCAUGUGUAAUAGUAUAUCCAG